AUGUUCCCAUCAACCAGACGAACCAUUUCCAUCCUCUUCCGAACACCCCUCAUCCCACCUCCACAAGCUCCACCCGCCGUCGAACUAUCCACGUUCACCUCGUCCGCCGGACCAUCCAGGAUGAAUUACAGGAGGACCAUCUCCAACAUCUCGAUAAGAGGAUAUGCGAGCGAUAGGGGCAAACAGGAACUUUACAGUGAUGAAGGUGGAUCGACAGGUGCAGGGACAGACGACGUAGCUCAUACAGACGCUGCAUUCAACAAAGAUCCCAACCCUUCUUCAUCAGCUAAACAAGUAGAGAAUGAGUCCGGUAAAGAUUUCACCAAAAGAUCAUCCGCCAAUCCAGAUUACUCUUACUCACCAGGUAAGCAGGGUGAGAAAGGUAGUGAAACUCCUCUGAACACUUCCAAGGAGGAGGCUAAGAAGUGA